AAUUUUAAAGUUAACUGCAUUUAUGCUUUCAGUUUUAGAUAUGCACACGCCUAUAUGUGUGUAAUUGAUUAACAUUAUUGGCAAUAUGAGUAGUUUCUUUCAACACCAUCUUAUUAGCUGUUGAAGUUGUUUAGCAGUGAUUCCCCAUGUUAGCUUUCGCUAACUAACGUUUAGUAGCUAGCUUGUUAGCAUCCACCGCUUUAGUCAGCCGAUUUAGCAAGAAGUCGCUUUUCGACUGUUGCUCUAUGUAUAUAUAAACUUAAUAUUGGGUAUUUUAUUUUUGGUGGCGACCUGUACGUGUCUAACUACACUUGGUUGGCGUCUCUGAUAUAUGAAAGUGGUAAAAAUGACUGACGGCUGAGCAACACUUGAACUCUCCGACACACUGCACCAGGGCAUUAAACAGCGUGUACACGGUGUAUGUUAUGUCCACCGGCUAAAAUUGGAAAUCCGCAAGUCUUUCAUUGUCUUCCGUUACUUUAUUUAAUUAUUUCAAAAGCCGUAAUCAGUUUUUUAUUAGUAGUUGUCCAAAGCAAAGACGGGGGUGGGAUUCUGAAGCGUUGAUCCUAAUUCAGUUGAAUGGUAAAUUAAAUCAGUAAUUAACAAAUGGCGGUGGAGAGCAGACGCCGAUGGGGGACGAAAAAGACACCUGGAAAGUUAAAACUCUUGAUGAAAUCUUACUAGAGAAGAAACGCAGAAAAGAAUUACAAGAGAAAACUGAUCCGAAACGCCAGAAAAAUUUCUCAAAGGGCCUUGCUUCACAGGCGGAUGAUCGGGAAGCCAAACGAGACACUCCGGAGGAAGGAGAACUUCGGGAUCAAAGAAUGGAAAUAACAAUUCGUAACUCGCCAUAUGCACGUCAAGACUCAAUGGAGGACAGAGGGGAAGAAGACGAAUCACUAGCAAUUAAGCCUCCACAGCAAAUAGCAAGAAAGGACAAAUCUCACCACAGAAAAGAGGAGAAGCGAAAAGAUAAAAGACGUCAUCGCAGUCACUCAGCUGAAGGAGCAGGAAAACAUGCACGACUCAAAGAUAAAGAAAAAGAGCGCGAAAGCGAUCGCAGGAAACGUCACUGGGAAGAGGACAAAGCCCGGCGAGACUGGGAAAGGCAGAAAAGAAGGGAACAGGCCAGAGCUCAUUCACGUAGAGAGAGACCUCCAGUGGACUCUGCUGGGUUUUUUUUGGAUCACAGGGACCGACUGGAGCAGCUCGAGCGCCAGCGGGAGCGUGACCGAAAGCUCUGGGAACAGCAGAAAGAGCAACGAGAGCUAAAAGACCGGGAGAGGAGGGCUGAAGAGCGACGCAAAGAAAGAGGGACUCGACGAGAAGUGCCAUCUCGGAUGCUACCUGAGGAAUAUGAUGACAAGCCAAAACAAAGUCACCGCAGCCGUAGUCCAGUACGUGUUCCCAGAGAAAGGUCUGAUCACAGUGAAACACGGAAAAGCGGAUCAUCAAAAGAAGAGAAGCCUGAGAGCAAGGAUCUGCUUGCUGAUCUGCAGGAUAUCAGUGAUAAUGAAAGGAAGACUAGCACUGCAGAAUCCUCCCUGGCAUCAGCGUCUGUUUCUGAGGAAGAGGAAGAUGAGGAGGAAGAUGAAGAAGAGUCCAGCAGCCAGAGUGAGGGUGAAGAAGAAGAAGAGGAGGAAUCUGCUUCAGGCUCAGGGCGGUCUGAGCAGAGUGCAGAAGACGUGAGUGAGGACGAGCAGUCUGGGGAAGAUUUUGAACAGGAGAGGGAAAAUGGAAAUCACAUACCUGCAGUACCAGAGUCCCGUUUUGACCAUGACUCAGAAGAGAGUGGUGAGGACAUGGAGGAGGAGGAGGAGGAGGAAGAUGAGGAGGAAGAAGAAGCAGGAGAGGGGGAACCCACCCCUCACUCUCAAACUCAUUCCCGUUCAGCCACUCCAGAAGGGAACUACAUCCCAGAGUCUCCCCCAGUCUCACCUGUGGAGCUGAAGAAGGAGCUGCCCAAAUAUCUGCCGGCUUUUCAGGGUUGCCGCAGUGUUGAGGAAUUUCAGUGUUUGAAUCGCAUAGAGGAGGGAACCUACGGCGUGGUGUACAGAGCCAAGGACAAAAAGACCGAUGAGAUUGUUGCGCUGAAAAGGCUGAAGAUGGAGAAGGAGAAGGAGGGCUUUCCCAUCACAUCUUUAAGAGAAAUCAAUACAAUUCUCAAAGCUCAACAUCCAAACAUUGUCACAGUAAGGGAAAUAGUUGUUGGAAGCAAUAUGGACAAGAUCUACAUUGUGAUGAACUAUGUAGAACAUGAUCUGAAGAGUCUGAUGGAAACAAUGAAGCAGCCCUUCCUGCCAGGAGAAGUAAAGACUCUGAUGAUUCAGUUGCUCCGAGGAGUCCGACACCUCCACGAUAAUUGGAUUCUUCACCGUGAUCUGAAGACGUCCAAUUUGCUGCUGAGCCACAAGGGUAUUCUCAAGAUUGGUGACUUUGGUUUGGCCCGGGAGUACGGUUCCCCCCUGAAGCCUUACACCCCGGUGGUGGUUACCCUGUGGUACAGAUCGCCUGAGCUGCUGCUUGGAGCCAAGGAAUACUCCACAGCUGUGGACAUGUGGUCAGUGGGCUGCAUAUUUGGCGAGCUUCUCACCCAGAAGCCUCUCUUCCCUGGAAAAUCUGAAAUUGACCAAAUUAACAAGAUUUUCAAGGAUCUAGGGUCGCCCAGCGAGAAGAUCUGGCCCGGCUACAGCGAGCUGCCCGCUGUGAAGAAGAUGACUUUCACAGAAUACCCCUACAACAACCUGCGAAAGCGCUUUGGAGCACUGCUGUCAGACCAAGGCUUUGACCUCAUGAACAAGUUCCUCACCUACUGCCCCAGUAAGAGGAUUUCAUCAGAUGAGGCUCUCAAACAUGAGUACUUCAGGGAGUCUCCUCUCCCCAUUGACUCCUCGAUGUUCCCCACCUGGCCGGCUAAGAGCGAGCAGCAGAGGGUGAAGCGAGGCACCAGUCCUCGUCCACCCGAGGGAGGCCUGGGCUACAGUCACCUGGGCGAUGAUGACCUGAGAGAUACUGGCUUCCACCUGACAACCAGCUAUCAGGGGGCAUCUGCAGUCGGUCCAGGAUUCAGCCUCAAGUUCUGAGCCUCAAGCUUCAGGACGCCCAGCUGGAAAACAGGAAAAGAUCCAGCAAAGACUCAUGGGACUUCUUGUUUUGUUUUGUUUUUUGUUUGGAACCGGAUCGUAUCACUGGUUUACAGCUUUAGAGCAGAUCAGUAUCUGAUCAUUUACAACUGUUACCACAUAGUCAAGACUGUCUCACAGCAAGACUGAUGGCUCAAACCUGUUGAAUUUCCACUCUUCCUGUUUGGGUUUUUUUUUUUUUAAAUAUUAAGCCAUUUAACUAACUGAAAUGUGACCUUUGUAGCUCUUAAAGAGGAGAAACAACCAUAAAUCUAUUCGAAAGUGUUUCUCUCAUGUUUGACUUUUAUUUUCCCUUUUAUAUUUCAUGAGAGAGGACCAGGUUUUAUAAAUGGUUGGUAUUUCCUGGCUGCCUGAGCUACUGUAUAAUGAUGCAGCAUUUGCUGUGUGUUCCAUCCAGCAUAAUGUUAAAAUUUAAAUGGGAAUGUCAGCUCUCCUGAUGACAGGGAACUGAUGUUUUUGCUACAAAUAAAGUUUGAAACUUUG